UUAACACUACCACUCCCCGCCACACACAUCCGGGGGACUCCACCUUAGACUUUGAGUCACGCUUCGAGAGUGGGAACCUGCAGAAGGCUGUGCAAGUUGGCCUCCAUGACUAUGAGCUCACCCUGCGUACUGACAUGUACACCAACAAGCACACGCAGUGGUUUUACUUCAGAGUCAGGAACAUGAAGGCUGGAGUGGCCUACCGCUUCACUAUUACCAACUUGAUGAAGGGCCGCAGCCUGUAUUCUCUGGGUAUGAAGCCACUUCUCUACUCUGAGAGAGCUGCCGAGGAGAAAGGUGUUGGCUGGCAUCGCAUCGGUUCCAAUAUCAAAUAUUACCGAAACUCCAGUCAGGCUAAACCGGACAACAAUGUCACCGUCGCCCUGUACUCCCUGACUUGGACUUGCCAGUUCCCUUAUGACUCAGACACCUGCUAUCUGGCCCACUGCUACCCCUACACAUAUUCACACCUGCAGCACUACCUCAGCCGCGUCACCUCCAACCCAGCAGUUUCGUCCUACUGUAAACUGCGAGUGCUGUGCCGCAGCCUGGCUGGGAACAACGUGUACGUGUUGACAAUAACGUCCCCAGUGGGCAGCUGCAUGGAGGGCGGGGCCAAGAAGGCGGUGGUGGUAACGGGCCGAGUGCACCCUGGGGAAACCAAUGGCUCCUGGAUGAUGGAGGGAUUCCUGGACUUCCUGCUCGGGGACUCGGACGAUGCCCAGAUACUCAGGGACACUUUUGUUUUUAAGGUGGUGCCGAUGCUGAACCCUGAUGGUGUGGUUGUUGGAAACUACCGCUGCUCUCUGGCUGGCAGGGACCUCAACAGGAACUACAAGACAAUACUCAGGGACUCCUUUCCCUGUGUGUGGCACACCAGGAACAUGGUGAAAAGACUGGUGGCAGAGAGGGAUGUCGUCCUUUACUGUGAUUUUCACGGCCACAGUCAUAAAAACAACGUCUUCAUGUAUGGCUGUAACCACCGUGGUAACGCUGCCCUGCAGCUUCACGAGAGAGUCUUCCCACUGAUGAUGAGCAAGAACGUGAAUGACAAGUUCUCCUUCCGCAGCUGUAAGUUCCGGGUGCAGAAGAGCAAAGAGGGAACAGGCCGAAUCGUCAUGUGGAGACUUGGCAUCAGAAACAGCUACACUAUGGAGUGCACCUUCGGAGGCUCCACACUGGGUAACAGGAGAGGGACUCACUUCACCACACGGGACAUGAAGUCUCUUGGCUAUUACUUUUGUGACACCCUGCUGGACUACUGUGACCCUGACCCGACUAAGACUGCUUACUGUCUGACUGAGCUGGAAGCACGGCUGAGACAGGAGGUCAGGGAGAGGCUGGGCAAAGAGCUGGACACUGACUGCAACAUCUCCGUCUCUGACCUGGAAACCAGCACCAGUGGUUCAAAUAGUACAGAUUCUGAUGGACCGCCAGUACAUUUAAUGAACCAACCAGACAAUAUUCAGCAGCAGAAAUCCCCAGUGAGGAAGAAGAAGAAACGCCUGAGGACUCAUAAGGACAGGAACAGGCUGUGGCAGGACAGAGUGAAGAACAGCACUGAGCCCAAAGUCUUGCACAGUAGCAUCAAAAAUAUAAAGCCCAGCCUGGUUAAAGUGAGGAUGCAGGAGAGGACGGUGGUGAGAGAGAAGAAAAGAGAGCAGCGGAACAGCAUAAAUAAACCUGGAGCCCCUCGCUCAGCAUCUGACCUGGAUGGGAUCAGUCAUGUGACCCUGUGGCAGGGCAGUGAACCUGUCCAGGAUAAAGAGUGCCGGGAAGCUAUGAGGGCUGAAUAUCUGUAUCGCAGGGCUAAAGCAUUUCCACAGCUCAGCACAUACACAACUUUGUCACCUGAUACAGAGAAGCCCCAGGAGGAGACAGGAUGGUGUAAAUGUUCAGCUCAACUACUGCACCUGUGCGCCCUCCAUCCCCGCCAACUGCAGGUCGCCAAGCCUGCUGAGCUCCAGCACCGGCUGCCCGCACCAUCCUUUGUCUACCAUAAAGGUCUCAGAGGUAGACUAUCAGCUUCAGUUACGGCGGCUCACAGGUCUCCCUCAGGCAUGUACUUAAAGGUGGUUCCUCCUGCAAAGUGUCUGAUGUCAAGCUACCCUGACAACUCCACCUCCCUGCCGCUCUGCAUAGACAGAAAUGCUUUACGGGUCUCAGCACGUCACUUUGUGCUUGAGGAUUCAUUUACAGACACAAUCAACAGCAAACGGCACAGCCAGAACCAGGAAGAAAAUACCACUGAAGUUCAAAGAUUCAAAGAUAAGAAGAUGGUGAAUCAGAGGGAGCUGAAACUCAGGGAGGAGCUGGGAGAGGAUGUGACAGCUGGGAGUGCAGUCUACAACCAAAGACUGUUCAAAAACUGUGAAGAAAGAAAGGGAGUGGCCAUUUUACCUCCUCUGUCAAGGCCUUCAGGCCUCAUCCAGACAGAAUCGUCACCUUCCCACUGUGACCGUUUCAGUCAGAUGCACAGGCUCGUUGUGCCUAAGGACAGCUGGCUCUCUUGCGCUGGGAGACAGAGCCGAGGAAGAACAGCUCCACAGGAACAAAGGGUCACCAGAUCCUCACAGUCUGCCCCGCUGUAGGGUAAAGCUGAGAACUACAAAUAGGCCUAUAUUUUUUAUUGUCUCAGAACGUCUGACCAGUGCUGAGAAACUCUGUGGAUGGAUAAAGAAAAUGAUACCACACCGUGCCGCUGCUAGACCCGCUAAAGACAAUGAUAACCAGCAGAUAUGGUUGGACAGACUGCAGUGCAACUUUCUCUGCCCCUGGAGAUUCAUCUGUACACUCUCUGUGUAAGAUUGAAUGUCAAGAGCCUAUUGAAUUUUCAUAAAACUGUGAUUUAAACCAUGAUAAAACUGACUUUUUUGAUAAUGAAUUUGACUAUUCCUGAGAUUGAUAAGUAUGAUGAGAGUAGUGGAUUGUGAUAAACUGCAUCAACUGCCUUAAAAAAUGAUGAAUGAGCUGAAUACUAUGUACAUUCCA